CAUCGUUGGCCCCACGAGAUGUCAGUGCAGGUUAGAAAAUGUAGAGUUGAGACUGUGCCAAAAAGAGUCUAGUUUUUCACCUGAAUUACUCAUAUUUAUUGCAAGUGUUCGCACUCUCUCGAACGUCUGUCCCAUCCUCAGUUUAUCCAUUGUCAAAUUAGUGCAUUCCGACGGUGAAUCAGUGUGAAAAAUGGAGAAAAUCUUACGCGGAAUAAUUCGCUAUCGCGCCACGACCAGAGAGCAAAUGGUGAAGGAAUUCAAGCAAGUCAGAGAUAAUCCACAUCCCAAAGCUGUGUUCUUCACGUGCAUGGACAGCCGGAUGAUACCCACGAGGUUCACGGAGACGCACGUCGGCGACAUGUUUGUUGUUCGAAACGCCGGGAAUCUUAUUCCGCACGCCCACAAUUUCCAAGAUGAGUACUUCACUUGUGAGCCAGCCGGACUGGAACUUGGAUGCGUUGUGAAUGACAUCAGACACAUUGUCAUUUGUGGGCACAGCGAUUGCAAAGCCAUGAAUUUACUGUACCAACUGCGCAAUCCUGAAUUCGCUUCCCUGGACAAUCGCCGCAUUUCUCCACUCAGAGCCUGGCUCUAUUCGCACGCCAACUCGAGCCUGACGAACUUCCUGAAGUGGCACGAAGCUGGCGGCAAGGAUCCACUGAUCUUCUCCUCAGAGACGCCACUGAGGAAAGUUGUGGCGUAUAUCGAUCCGGAGAAUCAGUUCGCAAUUGAGGAUAAGCUGAGUCAGGUGAACACGCUGCAGCAAAUGUCGAACAUUGCGUCAUACGGUUUCCUCAAGAAGCGCCUCGAGACGCACGACUUGCACAUCCACGCGCUCUGGUUCGACAUCUACACGGGUGACAUUUACUUCUUCAGCCGCGCCGCCAAGAGAUUCCUGCCUGUGGAUGAGGAGACGGUGGAGAAGCUGCUGGGGGAGGUUGGGAGGUACUACUCGUGAGAAGAGCUUCCGCCUCGCUCAAUGCCAAUGCCAAACUGUAUCUGUGGUGCUUUAGAGAUAGCCAGAAAUUCGCUGUAAAUCAUCCACGCGCUGCUUGCGCUUCAUUCUUUCAUAUCACGCUAAAAAUCUCAUGAUAAAUAUAUAUAUUUUUGUAUCUUCUAGGGGAUAUAGAUAGGUGAUAAGGUCCCUAAAGUGCUCUUUCAGUGAAUUGAGAAGACAAUUGGAUGCAUUUAUUACAAAUUUCAUAGAAAAUUUAUCAAAGGUUCGUAUUUUUACAUGACAUCCGUAUACGAAAACUUGGAGAAAGUUUUAAUAAAUUUUGGUAAUGAA